UAGAUGUAUUAUUUCGGGAGCCUGCAUGACAGGCACAUCACAUGCACAUCGUCCGGCUGCUUGGCACGAUGGACGGCGACGACGCCAGCCACGUUUACUUCAAGACGACAGCGGCGUGUGUGAUCUGGGCUGCAUCUGCCCUCGCAUGCGUUGCACGUUUGUACCUACCCGUGCUUGCUGCCGCCUGCAACGAAGUGACGACGAUGGUGGUCGAGACCGCAUGCGUGACGCUCGCAGGCGUCGAUUUCAUGCUCUUCCCAACGGCGUAUGCAAUGUACGCGCUCGGGUAUAUGCUACUGCUGGGGCUCGAAGUCCUUGCACUCCGGCUCGAUGCUCACAUACGGUCGUCUGCUCUUAAGAAGGUCGCCCGACCACGUCACUCCUAG